UGUCCAGCCCCACAGCGUUCCCCGAGCCACUCACGUCGACGUCUUCCCAAGUGGCAAUCCAAUGUCCGGUCGCGCCUGCAUCUACUCAUUUUUCGAUUGUCAAUCUCUCAGUCUCUGUCAAUCUCCCCCGGCCCGCGUCUUGUUGUACUUUGUCUCUUGUUCCCCUUCGUCCCCAAGUCCCUUUUGGUCAGUGGGAAAUCCCCUGACCUCGUCCCUCUUUUUGUCCUUGUUCGUGCUGCCUUCGUGACACCCGUGUGUUCGUUGUCCGCCUUCGAAUCCCAGCCUUUUGUUUUCGUCCGUGCGACUUGUCAGUCCAGGUUACUGCUUGCCGCUGCCAUUCUCUCCUCCCUCCUUCCAGGCGACCACACGACCGCGACCAAGACCCAAGAUCCAAGACGCAAGACCACAUCCCCAGACAGACUUUCUUGGGAUUCUCCUCAACUGGCCCAGUCACAGACCCUCGUUUCUCAGUCAUCUUUGCGGACCACCGACUCCAGACGAAAUUCCUCUUCCGAAUCAGAGUAUCGGGUCCGAUCUUGUCACCGCACGGCAACCGAGACAAUCUUUCUCAUGCCCCACGCCAGACCAACCAACGACAGCCCGUCCUGACGCCUCUCUGGCAUGUGAGCGUUCCAGCUGGUGAACUCACCAAUCUCCAUUCUUCACGGCCGCGCAUUUCACUGCCGCACGACAACACGUCUCUUCUUGUCGCCAGCCUGGAUCGUCGACGACCACCGGCCCCUUCUUGCGUCUCAGGCGUGUGCAGAACGUCGCCAAACUCGCCACCUCUUCCACCAAUCACCAGCACAACCAGACUAUUUCCAUUCGGGACUCAGCCCUGCUGGAUCACAUAGGGCCACUGAUCCUACCGUCUUAUUAUCAUCCUGUCCAUAUUUCUUCUGCUGGUUGUUGCAAGGGUCCGCACUCUGACGCCAAUCGCUCCUGUGCGCACCGUCCUGUCAAACCAGGUUCCCUCCUGCUCUUUUGAAACGCAUCCGACACCGGCUACGCACAAGCUGACCAUUUCGCACGGUCGCAGUUCGUCGGAUUACAUAUCUAGACUUUAUCUUCGUCUGAAAUCCAGUCCCACUACCGCUCCCGAGAGGCUAACCGGCGCAUUCCUUACUACCACUCUGCGAUGCGAAGCUCGCAUUGAUGGAAGCCACAUCUUGAAGACGAGAGUCUUUUGUCCAUCGUUAGCCCAUAAGGCACCAAAGCACCUCUCAACAACUGCCGUUGACCGAGCAAACCACAACAUCCACGAUGAACCGAUUCAAGACCAAGAAGAGAGCCAAGGAUGACGCGGCAUCCGCUCGCCCGUCUCUCGAGUCCGAGUCCUCUUUCUCUCUCUUCGGACGGAAAAAGAAGUCACAUGAGCAGGAGGAAAAGAAGGAGAUCGACCUGGCAACCGCACUGCCCUCGAGUGACGAUUUCCGCACGAGUCUACUCAUGUCAGGGCUCUCUGCUCGCUUUUCGAUGCUCCGAGAACAAGAUGAUCCAAGCACCAAGAUAGGCAAGGCUAGCGACGAUAGUGUCUUGCUACCCAAGCGACACUCGAGGAUGAACGAUUUCAACUUUGGCAACGGAGCAGGCCUCGGUGACAUUGCUGAGGUUGAAUCUAUCAAGGCACCACCAUUCCUGCGGACUGACUCCACCGCCUCUGAGGAGUCUGGCUCAGUGCUGAGUAGGGCACGACCCACAGAGGGUAAUGUCAUGUUCGGAGGCAGACAGAAGGUUUACAAGAUUGCAGUCGGAUCUUCGUCAUCUAGGAAUCUGAGUGACGGCAUGAGUGGCAGAGCCCUGUACGACAACGAUGUUUCCAUGUCUGCGUUCCAGAAGUGGAGACAGGCUACGAAAGAUCAGGAACAAGACAACGAGCCUCUUGGCGAGGCAGAAAGUGACGAGUUGAGGCCAGCAGAGGACUCCUCAUUCGCGAUGAGGGCAGAAUCUCCGCUCCCCCAGGGCUAUAACAAGAAGCGCGAGACAUCAUCGACGACUUCUUCUACUCCUUCCGUUGGGCGCAACUCGACAGCUGCCACUUCCAUAAUCUCCCAGCCUACCACAACCCACUCCCAACAAACAACGGCAGCGUCCUCAACAACCUCCACGCCCGCUCUGGAGCGACAUGUCACUCGGACAAGGAGGCUUUACGAACAAGGCCUGACACAGGAUCUCCAAGAACAGCAGCACUCGGUCCUGUCGAGGGUCGACACCCUCACUCGCCGGCCGGCAGGGGGGCGAACUCCUGACCUGGCACAAAACUCACCCUCUCCGACCAUGCAUUCGUUUUCAGACCGCUUCGGCGAGCGUCGGACCAUCCUGUCCAAGACUAGUGCCCCAAACUUGAGGUCCAUGAGCCCACCGACCACCGGAUCCUCGAUUGGCACCCUAGAUCUCAACACGAAAGCGAUCAACGCCAUCGACACAAAGACGUCUUUCCUGGCGUCACCGCCACUUAGCCCCCCAAUCAGCGAUCACAGCGCAAGUGAUCAAACAAACCUAUCCAUCCAACCCAAGGAUGUUGGCAAGGCAACUGCCAUGGGUGUCUUCCAGAGACCAUCCCAGCCAUAUGACGACUCCCGGUAUGCGGAGAGACAGCUUCAAUUGAAGCAAGGCAGAGAAACUCCAACCCAGCGCUCCCGGAAGGACUCAAGCACAUCAUUUACCUACUCUCGUUCUCAGUCAGUAGCGUCCAACCGCCAGCCGGAGUCGGAUUCCAAGCCAAUUACCCUCUCAACCCAAGAGGAGGGUUUGGCAGAGAGCUCACCCCGAAAUGAUCCCGUCGAGUCGCCUAUACUGAAUGAUCUCGUUCAUCAACCAUCGUACUCGCCACAUGUCAGGGUACAACGACCAGCCGAUCAAGUUCACCCAGCUCUGCGAAGCUCUGCCGCCCCAACGCCACUCUCCAUCCCACAGCUAUCCAACGACUUGCAAUCGCCUCCAACUAGCAGCACCGAUCUGCUUAACGUCAAAUCCAAGCCAGUAUUAUUAGGUGACUCGCCAACGUUGGGUCCGAACUCGGGACUCGGCGGCUUGGUUCGACAGCACCUGCGGACCGAAAGCGAUGUAUCCUCCAUUUUCGGAGCCCAGGACAACGGGGAGUCUGUCGCUGUUCCACUGAAAAACCCGUGGGAGGACCAAGACUGGAUCGCAUCUGCCAGCAAGGAAAGCGAGCGCGACCUCCAUGUGCUACCCAAUCCCCCAGCGCACAGUGAGGAACAGUCCAAGGCCACCGAUCAUACGAAGCUAGACAGUCUCUCAGGAUCACCACGCUCACCAGACGAGGAAGACGAAUUCGCGAAUCAGCUUGCGAAUGCACGACGCCGCGUGAGGGAAAAGCUGACGUCUUUUGUUGAGACUGACAACACUCUGUCCUUGUCACCACAGUCGCCAUCAGAGCCAGCUAGGGAUCUGCCUCCGCCAACGUCCCGCUCCAACCCACUGGGAAUUCUUCGGGGCAAGGGUAGUCGGGGCUCACUAAUUGAUAGGGGACGGGAUGCCACAUCCAGGUCGAACAAAGUCAACGGACCAGGCCCCGUGUCCCUGCCAACCCCGCCGAGCUCUGUCAAACAGGAAUUCGACGAGCACGAUCGCAGGACGCCAAUCGAGAUAAAGGAACAUCCCGAUGAAGAAGUCGAGGACGCGGAGCACAAGGAGGAAGCCAACGCUCACCCUGGCCUUCGUGCCUUCAGACAGGCGCGGCGAGAACUGCAGAAGCGCAAAGAACUCGAGGCCCUGGCAAGACAUCCGACUCAACAACCCCGACAAGGAACAAGCUCACCUGCAUCAGAGAAGGGCACACGCGAGCUGAGACGUACGCCCAGUAGGGAGCUUCAGCCGGCUUGGUCUGGACAGCAGCGCAAGGUCAGUGAUGACUCAAACGUAGGGACGCCGCAAGCACCUCCUCGGUCACAGUCAAGAACUGCAAGAGACCGAAGCGGCUCUGAAGACAGCGCCGGUCAGAGCCGAUCGAGGAGCCGACCGACGCAGCGGUCCAGACAAAACACCGUGUCGAACGAAGACCAGAGGCUCAAUGCUGCAACAACUGGCAGACCCAAGCUUCGCUCGCCUGGUCUGCCAGGUACUGAUAUCAGACGGUCGCCUCACAUGCCCCCGCUGAGGGCGGCUGCGGGCGGUCCCCAGUCUGUUAAUCCAGGGCCAUUCCUUGACAGGACAAACUCUGGAACUAAUCUGAGAGCUCUCCCGCUCCGGACGGGUAAUGAGCCCUUGUCUGCAGGUGCUUCGCCGUUGUCGCCACGAGGCGCACCGUUCGAGCAACCUCGUGGCGCGUUCACGUCCAACGAGGCCAAUGGAUCAGCACCGGCGACACCGACAUACGCGCCCCCUCGAAGGCCCUCGAUUGCACAUCCGAGCACAACAACGAGCACACUCACGGAUUCAAUGAAGAGAGUUAUCAACAAGAGCGACAUCUCUGAACCAACAUUCAUCAUGUCAACCAGUCGAGUUCCAACCAUGUCUGUUACAGAUGCUCGUGAAGCCGAGGCGCGGUCUAGAAGCCAGUCUAGGUCGAGAUCAGACAGCAAUGCUGGGGGUGGCUCGCCACCACCACUGCCACCUGUCAACCCCCGACGCAAGCGCGAGAGCUCUCGGACACGGACUAUUAUAAACGGGUUGAUAGGUCGCAAUAUCACCGAAGGAGAUGACGCUGCUCACAGCAUGAGCACGCCUCAUUUGCCGCUGGCAAGACCGCCAGUGGCCCCCUUCGCGGACUCGUCUGUUGAAGACAGGAAGAGUGCGUUCUCGGUCAGCGAUGAUGAGAAGCCAGCGCCUCGGAAGUUGUUGAGAAAAGCCAGCUCCGAGAUUAAGCUGGACGCUCGCGCCAGCGGCGCCCCACCUCAGGUUGCGAUCGGGCCACCAGCGGGAAGGGCCGUGAUCACGUCCACUAUGCGGGGACCGGCACCAAACAUGCCCGGGGGAAUGUUCUGAGAUGAUUAGCUGCAGCCUGUCCACACAGCUACGUUCCCUAAUACAAUAACAGAAGAAAAAAGCAGAAGAAAUGCUUACGAGCGCGAGCGAGACAAAUCGAGUGAGCCAGGGUCGCCACUCGUGAUUCACAAAUGGAAAAAAAAAAAUCACCGAUAUCUUCGGCAUGGCAUGGGUUGGCGUCGAUCUUUGCUUUACAUAAAGGGGGGCCUUCGGGGCUGAGAUACCUAUUUGUAUACUGCGUUAUGGCACAUCUUAGCCUUGAUAUUCCGUUUCCUUACUUUCAUUCACGGACACUUGGUGUGUUGUAAUGGACCGGUUGGUAUGGGUUUCGAGAAGCACUCAGUCGGACACACGCGAGGAGCGACGAUGAUAUUUGUAUCUGACCGGUUCCAGACCAUCUCGUCAGCUGAAGGCAGUGAGUGUCACAUCACAGCCUUACAGGUGAGGCGAGAGACGCGAGGAACUGCAUAUUGAGGGCACCGUGUUCUUUUAUCCUCAUUGCUUCGGACAAGCGGCCAAGAGCCCGUCGGGCCAUGGGCUUGGUCAAGGCGAAGAUGGAGAUAAUACUUAGUUAGUAGUUAGUUGCUCGGCACAUGAAUCCAGGGAAUUUGUGCAAA